AAACACACGCAUACAGACAGACACACACGAGAGCACAAAAGUGACUUCCUCGUGUUCCCACAACCUAUUCCCACGACUUCUUUUACUGUCAACGGACCGAGUCCUGAUCUUAACAUAAUCUUCUUUUUUCUUUUCAUUUCAUUCCAGGAUACGUCGUUUUUAAACCGUAAAAGAUGACACGAGGAUAGUUUACACUCUCAAGAAGGCGAGAGUGCAAAAAGUGUCUCUGAGAUUUUAUUGGUUUUCAAUUCACACAAGGAUUUUAUUCGUGAAGGAUUUCUUUGGAAACACCACUGUCCACGAUGGUUUGUUGUGUUGGAUCAUCACAUUUCAAAACAUAAUGGAUAUUUUUCUGUGUCACACUAGAUUCUUGGCUGUGGUAGAAGCUUCACCUUUCACAGGAAAGCUGUUUUCACACGGGAAAAGCUGACGUAAAAACAACAACAACAAUAAAAACGACAACAACACAACAAUACGAUUCGUGAUGGUGUAAUUCGAUUGAUAGAAAAGAAAGAGACUAGAUCUACGAGCUAGUCAUUUCAAGCAUUAUUAGACGUAUAAAUUUGCUCUUUAAAAAAAAACCCAACCUAUUUAUAAACACAUAAGUUUUCACCUUAAGUUUUUUUUCCCUUGUCGGCAUAUGUCAGGGAAAUGAAAGGAAAGGAGGAAGAAUUAUAGCCAAUAAGUGGUGGGUUUUAGUUCAAUAGCUGUUUAUCUAACAAAGACAAAAAGGAAAAAAAAAAGAUUGUCGUGUUGUGGGUUCGCUCUUUUUGGGGGGAUUCCUUUUUUUCUCUCUCGUUUUUUCCCCCCUCGGAUCGCUCUUUGUUGUGUGUGCUUUACAUUUCCACGCCGUGAGAUGGAUCACCUGCAUUGCGGACGAUCAGAAUCCGACGAACAAGAUUCCCGCUCUUUUCGCGUUCACGUCUGCUGGUCUGGUGGGCAGACGAGGAAGAUGCUGCUAGUGCUGCUCCUUGUGCUGCUAAUGAGUGACAGCGUCUUGGGCAUCCGCUCCUUGUUACCGUUUGUGGGGGAGGAGAGGAGAGUCGGGCUACAGGACAGACCAGGCUGCUACAUGGACGGGCAGCACUACCGCUUCGGCGCCCGCUGGAGUCCGCUGUUCGAACCUCAAGGGGUGAUGGUCUGCAUCAAGUGCGAAUGUUUACAAGUGAGUAGAGGCUGAUUGAAAGGGGGGGGGGUAUGUCUGAGGGCGCCUCUCGUAGGUCCUACAUGUACUUCUUGUCUGUGGGUGGUUGGCGGGUGCUCCGGUGUGGUUUGCUCCUUCUUUCCCAUUAAAUG